CUUGUGAAGUUGUGGAAAAGGACUAUUGUUACAGGACCCCAGAGACGACCGGCGAGUCCAGGGAGAGCUGCCCACCUCUGCCCAUCAUCUUUCCUCAUGUGACCAUGUCUGCGUGGACGAUAACGCUGGUCCUGGGCGUGGUGGGUCAGUCCUGGGCCCAGCGCUCAGAGCCCAUGUUUGCAGCGGUCACUCAGAGUGUUCUUCCCCCUGACUAUGAGAACAACCCCACUCAGCUCAACUACGGUGUUGCCGUUACGGAUGUGGAUGGUGAUGGAGAUCUGGAGAUAUUUGUGGCUGGGUACAAUGGGCCAAACCUGGUGCUGAAGUAUGAUAAGAUGAAGAAGAGGCUGGUAAAUAUUGCAGUUGACAACCGCAGUUCCCCGUUCUACGCACUCAGAGAUCGGCAGGGAAAUGCAAUUGGAGUGACCGCAUGUGACAUUGAUGGUGACGGAAGAGAGGAGAUCUAUGUUCUGAACACCAAUAAUGCCUUCUCAGGUCGGGCAACGUACACAGAUAAGCUGUUCAAGUUCCGGAAUGGGCGCUUUGAGGAUCUGCUGAAUGAUGAAAUAAAUGAACACAGAGACGUGGCCAAUCGCAUGGCAGGUCGAUCAGUAGCAUGCAUUGACAGAAAGGGAACAGGACAUUAUGCCAUCUACAUUGCCAACUAUGCCAGUGGCAGCGUGGGACCGCACGCUCUGAUUGAAAUGGAUGAGAGUGCCAGUGACACGUCCAACGGGAUCAUUGCCCUUUCCAACGUGGCGGAGCAGGCCGGGGUCAACAAAUUUACAGGGGGGCGGGGAGUUGUGGUGGGACCCAUCCUCAGCCACACCCUCCCUGACAUAUUCUGCGACAACGAAUACAGUUCCAACUUCCUGUUCCGAAACAACGGAGAUGGGACGUUCACAGAUGUGGCUUCGCAGUCAGGGGUUGAGGAUCCAAUGCAGCAUGGGCGUGGGGUAGCUCUAGCAGACUUUAAUCGAGAUGGAAGGACAGACAUUGUGUACGGAAACUGGAAUGGGCCACAUCGUCUGUUCCUGCAGUUAAGCAAUAAUCGCAAACAAAGAUUUAAGGACAUCGCCUCGCAGAAGUUUUCCAUGCCGUCUCCUGUGCGCACCGUCAUCGCAGCAGACUUCGACAAUGACAACGAGCUCGAGGUCUUUUUCAACAACAUUGCGUACAGAGGGGCAUCAGCAAACAGACUGUUUAGGGUUUCCCGAAGAGAACACGGAGACCCACAGAUAGAGGAACUCAAUGUCGGGGAGGCCGCUGAGCCAGAGGGGAGGGGAACAGGAGCUGUCGUGACUGAUUUUGACGGGGAUGGACAGUUAGAACUGCUGGUAACGCAUGGAGAGAGUGCCGCCCAGCCCAUCUCUGUGUACAAAGUCAGCCAGGGAUCAUCUAACAGAUGGCUGCGUGUGAUUCCACGUACACAAUUUGGGGCUUUUGCACGAGGGGCCAAAGUGGUGGUCUACACUAAGAGAAAUGGGGCUCACACGCGUAUCAUUGAUGGAGGCUCUGGAUACCUGUGUGAGAUGGAGCCUGUAGCACACUUUGGGCUUGGGAAAGACGUGGCCACCAAUGUGGAGGUGUACUGGCCAGAUGGACGCUCCGUGGCCAGGCCAUUGGAGCUCAGUGACCUGAACACUGUCAUGGAGAUCCUCUAUCCAGUGGCUGAGGAGGAAGAAACUCCAGCGGUGGAGAUUGAGUGUGGACAUGGAUUUAUUGUCAAUGAAAAUGGUCGUUGCACAGAUCAGGAUGAAUGCACGCAGUUCCCCUCUGUCUGUCCCACUGAGCGUCCUGUCUGUACCAAUACCUACGGUAGCUUCAAGUGCCGUGCCAACAAGAGGUGUAACCAGGGAUAUGAGCCCAAUGAUGAGGGUACCGCCUGUGUGGCUCAGGUAGCGUACUUUGGUGGAAACAGGUCUUCUGCUUUCAGACUGUGGGCUCCUCACCUCUGGUCACUCUCUCUAACUCUGCUGGCUGUUCUCUCCGCCUGCCUGGAGGCUUGACGGCUUGAUUCCUCUCCUCUACCCUCUCACUGUUACUCCCCCUCUCCUGUGCAUUCUCUCUUCUGUGCUUUGGGAGUCGACUAAGACUGAAACUCUCUGUGGAACUCUUUACUCACUCCCACUGUGGCCCCUGCUGCAUCUCAUUUUCAGCUCUCGCGCCUCACAGACCUGUAGAAUAGACACUGAGCAUGCCCACAGGAACCUACAGGAGAUACUUGUAAAAAAAAAAGAAAAAGAAAAACAUUACAGUCACAUCAGUCAGGCUGGUGAAGUGAGAAAGCCAUCGCAUGUGGAAAGGAAUCAAUCAGACGAAAUGUGGAACAGACAGUUCAUCAGUUCCUGCCACGCCACAUGGUGUAUCCUUUUUACAUGCUGUUUUUUCUUUUAUGAGAUGAAAAAAAAAAUAGAUGAAAAUAUGUGCAAAGUCACAGGAUCAACUUGAAUGAUAAUUGCAGAUUAAUAUUUAAUAUAAUAAUUCAGUCAAUGGCCAAGCUGCUGGUGUUGAUUCAGUCUAAACCAUGUGUGUAUCUAUGUUGCAAAGUUAAAAAAUGAACCUGAAAUUGGAAUCAUGCUGUUCACUGUUUCUAUGGAUGAUCUUUUACUUGCUUGAAGCCUUUGUUGCCACAUUUUUGUAAAUGUCCUUAUGAGAUCCCAAUCAGCUUUUUGUGUUAACCAAAGUGUUUUAUCCAGGACCGAACACUAGUGGGACUGAAAUUGUAUUAAAAAGUGUCCUGAAAGGUUUGGAAUCAACUGAAAUAAUGUUUGAAAUAAGGAUGAGCCAAAUAUUUAUUUAUUUAGAGUUUUUAUAUUGCAGUAUUUGCUCUUUUUGAUUUGUUUUAGCAUGUAAGCUUUGGCUUAAAGCUAUCAAUAGAAAGGAUGGCUCUUUAUAGCCACAACUACCAACAAGUGAUGCUAUCAGUUGAUUUAAUAAGCUCUGAAAAAAAAAGUUAGCUUUGUGGCUAAACUACUCCAGUCCAGCUGAGGCAGAUUGCUGUGUUAGCUUCACAGCUUCAACCUAGCUGUUAGCAUUGUGGCCAAAGCUUUCCAAUGAAGCUGGCAGCUGUGUCUGAAUUUGUUUCAAUUUAAAAGUCCCCUAUAGAAUUUGGAAAUGCUCAUUAAAUUCUGAAGCAGUGUUGAGUCACUACUGUAAAAUUGAUUUUGGAGAAAAAAAAUAUUCUAUAUUAUUUAUUCAAUCGUAAAAAAGUGAUAUCAGUGUUAGGCUUUGAUUUGAGCCAAGAAUUUUCAUUUACACUGCAGCCCUACUUUAAAGUGAAAGUGGUCAUGGAUUUAGUUCUGCUUGCUGCUUGUUGCUGAAAAGCAUUUAGCUCCUAUUGGCCGUGUUCAGUCUGCGACUGCAGCUUUUAAAGCCUCCGAGUGAGACUUGUAGAGAAACCGUUGGAGAUGGGGAACAUAUGCCCAACCAUCUGCUUUAUCCAAGGUUACAGUCCGUAAACACUGAAUAAAACAUGCACAAGUGUCAUCACUACAUAUUCUUGCUCUGACCCAAACUCAGUACACAAAAGAGAUGGGCUGGCAUCAGCUCCAGGAAAAAGGUUACUAGCUCUGAUGUAAUCAUUUAGAAAUCAGUUUAACAUUUAUUCAGUGCGUCGGUGCAGAGGACACACAGUAUAUAGCUCAAAAUACAUGCAGCAACAAACAGGACCGUCAAACCUGUGAAGAAAUUUGCUUCUGAAAUUUUGUACCGAUUACUGUGCCGACAUAUCGCUCAGAUUCCAGCUUUUCAGUUUUCCUAAAUCUGACCUUAUUCAGUGAUGCAUUUCACAGAUACAGUAAUAUACAUUUAAGCUAAAAUCCCUCUUCAUUAAGUAAAGAAAUAAAGCACGUCAUCAUAAGAUGAUAUAUUAGCAUCACAUGGCCCUAUGGUGUCGGAUCUUUUUUCUUUUUUUUUUUUAAUGAAGAUACAAAAGGAGUUACAAAUGUACAGCUGAGGUCAGAAGUUUAUAUAAACUCCACAUGAAUGUCAUGGCAAUAUUGGUCUUUCCUGUUUUUCUUUGAACUGUUCUGUUUUCAGAUCCGAAUACGUUUAAAGCAUCUAUAUUUAAUGCUAAAACAAGUAUUUAAUUAGUUUUAAAAGUCACCAAAACUUGAUUAAGUGUGGAACGGAUAAAGUGGGUCAACAGUAAACCUUUGGUAGUACCUCCCCAGAGUUCUGGUUUGUGAAUUGAUGGACAAAUGUAUUGGACUAUACCAGAUUCCAAACCAGAAUUCUGAUUCAUCACAAAAUAUUAUGCUUCCCCUUUUUAUAUAUUUAAUAAAAAAAAAUAAAGUAAUAAAACCAAGUUCUUGUUGUAUUACUCACAGAUUAGCUCACAGAUGCCUUGUGCUGCACGACAUCCCCCUUUGGAGUUAUGUGGGAAAAGAGCGCCAUCUACCCACCUGGAGGGAGCAAAGCCAAUUGUGCUCUCUCAGGGCUCCGGUAGCUGAUGGCAAGCUACCUGAACAGGAUUCGAAGCAGCAAUCUCCUGCUCAUAGUGACAGUGCUUAACCUGCCCACUCAGAUCCUUGCAACUAAAAAAAAUCCAAUACAAUCAUACUGAGACUUAUACUAAACACCACGGUGACCCAACUGAUAGAUAUUUAUACAAAGACUUAUAAAAGGGAACAAGUGAACUGGAUUGUACAAAGUCACGUGAUUGGGGGGUGGGGUGGAUUAUGGGAAAUGGAGUUCAAAGAGUGAGCAGUGACAGAGGAGAAACCUGAAAGUGUGACUAAUUUUGUGUCUAAUUUUGCCAUGACAUUCAUUUUCAUUACAUCCUACAUAAUUUCCUAGUUGUAAACAUUACUAUACAGAGCUAUCAAAUUUUAUUUCCUGAUAUUUUGGGUGUCUGGGUCUAGCACUAGAUUUUAUCUUUAAAUUAAGGCGUCCUGUUUGUUAGAUAUAUACAGUUUUCUUUAUCUUUCUGCUACAGCAGCUCCAAAGAAACCACAGCGAAAAUGUUCAAAAUAGUAUUUUAACUUGUCUAUUUAAAAUAAAGAGAUACACAUGAAUAAGUAACUUUUUCUUUAUUAGGUCUGCAUUAACUGCACAUUGUAUAUAACCAUUAUUCAGACUAGUCGUUUUAAUCUGUUCAUGAUGAUGCCUAUUUCAUGUUAUGCCUAUUAUUAUCACAUUCAGUGACAUACAGGUUUGGGCAGCUAUAACCUGGUAUUUUUACAAAAUUGACUGACAGUAGGGCAAUGUGUUUUUUUUUUCUUUUCUAUUUCACAUUCUAGAAAUCUGCAUAUAAUGGUUGUCACUAUAUUCAGCAUUCUAAACCAAACAUGGGGCAUAAGCCUUCAAGAAAAGCAUCUAGUGUAGCAAUAGCUGACAGAUGUGGCGUAAACACCAAGCAAUUGAAAUAAUAAUGUACUGGUGACCUAGCUGAUGAAAAAGCUGAUGAUUUCACCCCUCGUCUCCCAGAAGCAAAUAGUGAUGAAAUAAUAUAAUAAAACAAAUCGCAAAAUCGAUAAAAACAUGUUUUUAUUGAAUAUGCAAAUAUGUUCUGGAAAUGUUCCCCUGAUAUUCUUCGCCGGAACAGUAAGGGUCAUUAUCGUCCCGAAUGACAUGUUGAGGUCGGCCUGUGGAAUGAGAAGCUCCCCAUGGUGAGGCUCCUAAAGUGGAAGUAAAUGGAGAAAGCAGGCAAGCCUGUGUUCUGGAGAGAACAGUCGAGUGCGUUGACCUGUAAACAGAUCCAGGCUACGUUCAUAUCUUUCAGAUGUGUUGGACAAAUGUCUGUUUUUUUUUUUUCCAGAAUGAAAUGUUGAUGAAGAUUUCCCUGUAUAAAUAAAAUCUGAAAUCUUUUCUUGCUUG